AAAACAGCACGAAGAAGACCUGCAACCCACACAUUAGCCUUAACUACAUACUAGAAUUCACAUAAAAUACUGUUCUGUGUGCGUUUUAUUUUUGUUUUUUUUUAAGCAUCUCUGUUUUAACCAGACAGAAACUGCUGUUUGGUUUUUCAGAAGGAAAUGGUAAAGAACAAAAUCAUAUAGGAACACUCAAAGCGGUAGUUGGGUAAGGAUUGUGGUUAAUAAGUAACAGGCCCCAACUGUCUCUCCACCCUGCAAGGCCUGCUGGGAAAAUCUCUUGGCAGGCAGUUGUGUGUGUGCACAGAGAUAUUGCUAAAGCGAGAACAGGAAGACAAGAUAGACGAGCGCUGCCUUGUACCUUUUUUUUUCUCUCUUUUUGUUUUGGAUCUCUACGUUCUCUUGUCGCCCACUGAAAGGACCUGUUCAUGGGUAAAGUGAAGACCAAGACUGGGCCUCUGGCUCGGAGGCCGGAUAACUCUGCCUUUAAACAGCAGAGGCUGCCUGCCUGGUCUCCAAUGCUAACGGCUAACACUGUGUUGCCCUUCUUCUACUUCAUGGCUUUGAUAUGCAUGUUUCUGGGAGUGUGGUUGCUGCUUACAGUACAGAGCACAAAGGAAAUGAAGCUGGACUACACAGAGGCCGGGACAUGUGAUAGAUGCUUUGAAAAGCGUAAAAAUGUGAGCAAUGCAGCACAGCCUUGCAGCUGUACAGUGGUGUUUUCCAUUGGCAAGAAAUUCAAGGGUGAUGUUUUUUUCUACUAUGGACUCCGAAACUUCCAUCAGAACCUCCGCAGAUACAUGGACUCCAGGGAUGAUGCACAGAUGGUUGGCAGAAAGAAAAACUUACAGACCCCCAGUACAUAUUGCUUCCCAUUCACAACAGACCAAAACGGACAACCCAUUGCUCCCUGUGGCGCUGUAGCCAACAGCAUGUUCAAUGACUCCUUUGUUCUGACCUACCAUAUGCCAGGUGGUAGACCGGAAAAGGUUCCUCUUCUGCGGCAGGGCAUCACAUGGUACACGGACAAAAACAUCAAGUUCCGGAACCCGAAGACAGAAAACUUGACACUGCCUGAAGUUUUUAAAGGAACAGCGAAGCCCCUGUAUUGGCAGAAGCCUGUGUAUGAGCUGGACCCCCUCGACCCCACCAACAACGGCUUCAUUAACGAUGAUUUAAUCAUUUGGAUGAGGGAGGCGGCCUUCCCCAACUUCAAGAAGCUGUACGGUGUCCUGAACCGAGCCAAGGAGCCCUUCACUACGGGGCUGCCGGCGGGGAAUUACAGCAUCGAGAUCUCCUACAACUUCCCUGUGCAGUAUUUCAGGGGCAGAAAGGAAGUAGUGCUGACCACGCUGACCUGGUUUGGAGGGCAGAACCAUUUCCUGCCUAUAGCGUACCUAGUAACCAGCAGCCUCAUCCUACUUGUAGCGAUCGUACUCACUGUGGUUUGGUGGAAGUUUGGGAAGAAUGGAAAAAACAUGGAAGAAUGAAUGAAGAGAUGCUCAACAAUGAGGUGAGAAUGAAAAAAUAAUGAGCAGCGAAACACUGGGCUGAAGAAAAUCACAAGUACUGCUGAUAUUAAAGGAGCAUUAUUUAAAUAUAGUUGUUUUAAAUUUUGUACAAUACCAUUAUAGUAGGCACUGUUUUACAGUUUUCCAUGCGGAAAAUUGCUCUUGAAAUCAUCUAAAUCAGGAGUGGCAAACAUGUGGACCGCGGGGCAAAACCAGCUCACCAAAGGGUCCAGUCUAGUCCACGAGAUGAAUUUGCAAAGUACAGAAAUGACACUGAAGAUAUGAACAGUCAAGGAUGUUGAACUCAUUUUAGUUC